CAGACUGCCAGUCCCAAUGGGGUGUCUCAUAUCGAUCUCCUAUCUAUGAUCGCGAAAGCCGUGUCCCUGCGGUCUAGGCCGGUGACGAGUCUAAACUCGGGUCGGUCGUCCGCUUUUCGUCUCUGCACGCGCGCGCAGAGUGGGCGACGGGUCGCGAGGAGUUCAUACAAAUAGAGGCGCUCCUCUCUCUUACUCUGGUCGUCUGUCUUCCUCUCACCCUCGCUCUCUCCAAGGUUGAGCAACCGGGGUCGCAGAUACUUCCCAACCGUCCCGAUUAAUCAAAUUUCGGUUCCUUUAAAACCACCGACAGUCUGCAGAGCACGAUGAAGUCCGCGACCAUGCUCCUCCGAGGACUCGGGACGGCCCUUCUCAUCGCCGCCAGCACGUCGGCCGAGACCAUUGCCCAGAUCAACGGCGACCGCUUCCUCUCGCCGCUUGAUGGGCAACAGGUGACCAACGUUACGGGCGUCGUAACGGCCAAGGGGCCCGAUGGGAUAUGGAUAAGAUCCGUCGAACGGAGCCGCGACAGACGUGUCUCGGACGGAUUGUACGUGUACGGCUCGGUGCUGGCACGCAACACUAGCAUCAGCACCGGCGAUGUGCUCGUCCUUAGUGGCAAGAUUACCGAGUAUCGUUCUAACAGGAACUACCUGUACCUGACGGAACUCACGGCACCAAACGUCACGGCUGUGCUCGAGCGCGGCACGACCGUUAGGCCGCUCGUGAUCGGCGGCAAGGGCCUCCCCAGCCCACCCACGGAGCAGUACUCGGGCCUCGACGGCGGCGAUGUGUUUGCCGUCCCGAAUAAUCAGAGCCUCGUCUCGGUCGAGAACCCGAUCCUUCGGCCGGAGGCGUACGGACUCGAUUACUGGGAAAGUCUCAUGGGCGAGCUGGUCACGAUCGAGAACCCGCGCGCCGUCGGUCGUCCGAAUCAGUACGGCGACACAUGGGUCGUGGGCGGGUCGUGGAAGACGAGCGGCGACAACGAACGCACAGGCCUCACGAUCUCGGCGGGCGACGGGAACCCGGAGGCGAUCAUCAUCGGAACACCGCUCGACCAGUCGAAGAACCCGAGCGAGACGAGGCUGGGCGAUAAGCUCGAAAGCAUCACGGGCGUCGUGUCCCAGGCCUUCGGGUUCUACCGGAUCCUGCCGCUGACCGGAAUCACGGUCGUCGAGUCGCUCGCGCCGCAGCUACCGCCGCCGACGACGCUGGCGAGCGACGGCACGUGCGCCGGCAUAACGGUGGCAAGCUAUAACGUCGAGAACCUGGCGGCAGCGGACGCGGCGCAUCUGAAGGCACUCGCGCGCGACGUGGUGGACUACCUGCGGUUGCCGGAUCUGCUCGCGGUGCAGGAGGUUCAGGACGAUAGCGGCGAGACGAACGACGGCACGGUGGACUCGGACGCGACGCUGGGCGCGCUCGCGGCGGCGAUCGGGGAGGCGAGCGGCGGCGCGGCGACGUACAACUACACGUACGUGAGCCCGGUCGACGGACAGUCGGGCGGCGCGCCGGGGGCCAACAUCCGCGUCGCGUACCUAUACCGCGGGGACCUGCUGCGGCUGCGCGAGGCCGAGGGCGCGGGCGACGCGCAGACGGCGACCGAGGUGCUGCCGGGGCCCGAGCUCCGGUACAACCCGGGCCUCGUGGACCCGCGGAACGUGGCAUGGACCAACAGCCGGAAGCCGCUCGCGGCGGCGUGGGAGCUCGUCGACGGCACCAGCAAGACGCUGUUCACGGUGAACGUGCACUGGGGCUCCAAGGGCGGCAGUUCGUCGCUGCACGGAGACGCGCGCCCGCCCGUCAACGGCGGCGUGAACAGCCGGAGUGCGCAGGCUGAAGUGACGGCGAAUUUCAUCUCGUCGAUCCUCGAGGAGUCGAGCUCGGCGUACGUGGUAGCGCUGGGCGACUUCAACGAGUUCGCGUUCGUGGCGCCGCUGACCGAGUUUGCGGAGCGCUCCGGCCUGGUAGACCUAGACGUGGCGGCGGAGAUCGCGCCGGCAGAGAGGUACUCGUAUCUAUAUGACAUGAACUCGCAGGAACUGGACCACGUCUUCGCGAGCCCGGCGCUGGCUGGCAGCGACCGGCUCAAGGGGUUCGAGCAUAUCCAUGCCAACACCUGGCUCCCGUACUCGGAGCGGACGUCGGACCACGACCCGGCCGUGGCCAAGUUCAACAUCUGCUAAGAUAGACCUGGAGAGGGCGUUUUCCUUCUCCCCAAGCAAUCGGAACCCAAUGUCUCUUGCGUUUAGGAAGACGGUGUGCCUACGCUACCUUGGCAUAAUAAUGAUGAAUAUGGAUAGGUAGAUAGAUGGCGGUUCAGGCGGUAAUGCCGUCGCCGGGCCAGGGAAAGGGGGGGCGGUUGACGGCCACGAUGAACACGAGACGAGCACAGGAUAUUUACAUGUGUAUAAUACCUACAUAUCUGUACUGGUUGAUAUACCUACUUAUGUGUAUAAAGACGAACAAGAGCACGCGUAGCCAAACACCUUGCAUCUAGCUGGAUUUCCACAGGGGACAGAGAAGCGCAAGUGCAUUGCAUAUCCGAAGACACAGAACGGGGUCAUCGAUAUCUGGCUUACCGCACAGCUGAGGGACGAGUAGAACACUAGCAAGCAUUAUUUCGUUCUUCUGUGCUUUUCCAGCACCAUCACAUGUGACAUGCCCAUCGCGGCCGACCCUCUCCUCCAUGCCGACGCCGAGCCGACUACGCGCAGGCCCGCAGGCCAUCUCCAGCCAAGUCCGCGGGGGGGAAUGCCAGCGUCAUCGGGGCUCUCGUAGCAGGGGCCUUCUUCUCCCGCCCGUCUCGGCAGUUCAUCCACCCGCAGGCCUCCCUCCCCGUCCCACUGACUAGGUAGCA